UUUGAUCAACUAAAGAAAAUACCUGGCAAAGCUUAGGGCUGCUUCAGAGAAAUCUAUGUAUUCAAUAAAUAGCUUUUGGACAUACUUGAUAAUUCAUUAUAGUAGAUGGUAUUUAUGAUCAAAGGAAUAAUAAGCUAGCUGUAGACAAACUCUGCAGUGGUUUUCCUAGAGGAUAUUUACUCAGGUGUUGCAGGAAGUAUUGUUUCUCUGUAAUAAACACCAGAAGGGGAGGAGUUCCUCAUAUUUGCUACAGGCUGUGCUCAGUUAAGCAGCCAGAGAGGUCAAAAGGCAGUUCCCCAGAGAGGAGCCAUCAUUUGAGAUGCUGCCGUUGACUGGAAAAACAAUAAUAUUUGAUAGCUUUCCUGAUCCUUCAGAUACCUGGGAAAUAAUUGAGACUAUUGGCAAAGGAACAUAUGGAAAAGUUUUCAAGGUGUUAAAUAAGAAAAAUGGCAGCAAAGCAGCAGUCAAAAUUUUGGAUCCCGUUCAUGAUAUUGAUGAAGAAAUUGAAGCAGAGUACAACAUUUUGAAAGCUCUUUCUGAUCAUCCCAAUGUAGUCAAAUUCUACGGCAUGUACUAUAAGAAAGAUGUGAAAAAUGGAGACCAGCUUUGGCUAGUUCUUGAGCUGUGCAAUGGUGGAUCUGUGACUGAUCUUGUGAAAGGAUUUCUGAAAAGAGGCGAAAGGAUGAAUGAACUUAUCAUUGCUUACAUUUUACGAGAAGCUCUGAUGGGACUUCAGCAUUUGCAUGAGAACAAAACUAUCCACCGUGAUAUUAAGGGAAAUAAUAUCCUUUUGACCACUGAAGGAGGAGUCAAGCUUGUGGAUUUUGGUGUGUCUGCUCAGCUGACCAGCACUCGUCUUCGUCGGAACACCUCCGUGGGCACCCCAUUCUGGAUGGCUCCAGAGGUGAUUGCCUGUGAGCAGCAGCUAGAUAGCUCCUAUGAUGCCAGAUGUGAUGCAUGGUCACUGGGUAUUACUGCAAUAGAGUUGGGAGAUGGAGAUCCACCCCUUGCUGAUUUGCACCCUAUGAGGGCACUCUUCAAAAUACCAAGGAAUCCUCCUCCAACGCUACAGCAGCCUGAACUGUGGUCACCUGAAUUCAAUGACUUCAUUAAGAAGUGCUUGACUAAAGAUUAUGAGAGGCGUCCGACAGUAUCUAGUCUUUUGCAGCAUGAUUUUAUUAAGCAAAUUGAAGGAAAAGAAAACAUGCUACAAAGGCAACUCAUGGAAUUUAUUGAUGUGCAUCAACAAAUGGGAGUCACUGAAAAGGCAAGAUUUGAACGUAUUCAUACAAAGAAAGGGAACUACAGUAAAUCACUAGUUUCAAACCAGGAAGAGGUAGAUGAUUUAGCAACCUUGGAGGUACUGGAUGAGAAUACAGUAACAGAGCAGUUGCAGAAGGGCUAUGCCAAGGAUCAGAUCUACACAUAUGUUGGGGACAUUCUCAUCGCUGUCAAUCCAUUUCAGAACAUAGAUAUUUAUUCUUCACAGUAUUCCAGACUGUAUAUUGGAGCCAAACGGACUGCCAACCCUCCUCAUAUUUUUGCUGUUGCUGACAUAGGUUAUCAAUCCAUGGUGACAUACAACUCCGAUCAGUGUAUCGUUAUUUCUGGAGAAAGUGGAGCUGGCAAGACGCAAAGUGCCCAUCUUCUGGUUCAGCAGCUCACUGUCCUGGGCAAGGCUAAUAACAGAACUCUACAGGAGAAGAUCCUCCAGGUGAAUAACCUUGUCGAAGCAUUUGGGAAUGCAGGCACUAUCAUCAAUGAUAACUCAAGCAGAUUUGGAAAAUAUUUGGAAAUGAAAUUCACCUGUGGUGGCACUGUAGUAGGAGCUCAGAUUUCAGAGUAUCUCCUUGAAAAAUCCAGAGUUGUCCACCAGGCAGUAGGAGAGAAAAAUUUCCAUAUUUUUUAUUAUAUUUAUGCUGGUCUGGCGGAAAAGAAAAAACUGGCACAUUAUAAACUGCCAGAAUAUAGACCUCCCAGAUAUCUACAAAAUGAUCAUUUCAGAAUAGUGCAAGAUUUCAUGAACAAUAGCUUUUAUAAGUCUCAGUUUGAAUUAAUUGAACAAUGCUUCAAAGUCAUAGGUUUUACACUGGAGGAACUUGGAAGUGUGUACAGUGUCUUGGCUGCCAUUUUAAAUGUGGGUAACAUUGAAUUUUCUGCAGUGGUAUCUGAACAUAUGAUUGACAAGAGCAACAUUUCCAAUCCAGUAGCACUUGAGAACUGUGCAUCCUUGCUGUGUAUUCAGGCAGAUGAACUGCAGGAGGCCCUCACCUCUCACUGUGUUGUGACUCGAGGAGAAACAAUUAUUCGUCCCAACACUGUGGAAAAAGCCACUGAUGUCAGAGAUGCCAUGGCCAAAGCACUGUAUGGGCGCCUCUUUAGCUGGAUAGUCAAUCGCAUCAACACUUUACUCAAACCUGACAAACAUUUAAGUGGAAACGAUGAUGGUUUGAACAUUGGAAUUCUUGAUAUCUUUGGCUUUGAGAAUUUCAAAAAAAAUUCUUUCGAGCAACUCUGUAUCAACAUUGCCAAUGAACAAAUUCAGUUCUACUUCAAUCAACAUGUCUUUGCCUGGGAACAGAAUGAAUACCUAUAUGAAGGUGUUGAUGCAAGAGUUAUAGAAUAUGAGGACAACAGGCCCCUCUUAGAUAUGUUCCUGCAGAAACCAAUGGGUUUAUUGUCCCUGCUGGAUGAGGAAAGUCGAUUCCCACAAGCAACAGAUCAGACACUUGUAGAAAAAUUUGAAGAUAAUUUGAAGUCAAAAUAUUUUUGGAGACCCAAAAGAGUAGAUCUAACCUUUGGGAUUUACCAUUAUGCAGGAAAGGUUCUAUAUAAUGCAAGUGGAUUCCUAGCCAAAAAUAGAGAUACUCUGCCAGCUGAUAUUGUGCUACUACUGCGAUCAUCUGAAAACAAUCUGACGCGACAGUUGGCAACCCAUCCUCUUACAAAAACAGAAUCUAUACAGAAUGGAGCCCCAGACUUCUCAAGCUGCAGGGGAGGGAUUGGUCUGGUCAGAUGCCAAGGAGGUGGUAGAGACUUCUUUCAGGGUCCUCUCUUCAGGGUAGGGGAGCAAGACAGGGAAUGGAGUGCACCCCUUGAGUUGAGGACUGAACAGAAAGGAUCAGGUAACUUGGCACACACUAAAAGCAAAACUACAAUCAGUUACCAAAUGUGGACCCCCCAGAAAUCCAUCAGUCAUACAAAGCUGGAUAUCUUUGUGUUGUGCAAUUCAUAUUCCUUCCGUGAGAAUGAAACAGGAGAUACGGGACAUCAUCCAAGAGAGACAACCAGCAUGAAAACACAGACAGUCGCUUCUUAUUUUAGAUAUUCUCUGAUGGAUUUGUUAUCCAAAAUGGUUGUUGGCCAGCCUCAUUUUGUCAGGUGCAUCAAGCCAAACAAUGACCGUCAGGCAAAAAAGUUUGAUAAAGAAAAAGUGUUGGUUCAGCUGCGCUACACGGGAAUUCUGGAGACAGCAAGAAUUCGAAGACAGGGUUAUUCACACCGUAUACUCUUCGCUAACUUCAUAAAACGGUAUUACCUCAUCUGUUACAAAACAAACGAUGAUCCUCCAGUCAGCCCGGAAACCUGUGCUGCCAUCUUGGAAAAAGCCCACCUUGACAACUGGGUUCUUGGAAAAACUAAAGUAUUCCUCAAAUACUAUCAUGUGGAGCAGCUAAAUCUAAUGCGGAAGGAGACAGUUGACAUGAUUAUUUUGAUUCAAGCUUGUGUCAGAGGGUGGCUGGGUUCAAGGAGAUACAAAAAGAUAAAGGAACAAAGGGAACAAAGUGCUAUUAAAAUACAGUCAGCUUACAGGGGUUUUGUUGCUCGUAAAGAAUACGCAAAUGCAAAACAUAAUAAAAAAGUGGAAGAAUAUAUUACUAGACUUCAAGCAAUUGCCAGAGGAUACUUACUCAGGAAGAAGAGAAAAGAACUAACUGAGACAAGAAACAAAGCAGCAAUAACAGUUCAGUCUCACUACAGGGGAUAUAAGGAGAGGAAGACCUUUGAAAAGAGGAGGGAAUCGCUUAGAAAGAAACAAACUGAAAAUGAAGCAUCUGUUAGCAAACAGGAAAAGGAUGAAGAACUUCAAGAGAGUGAGGCAAGUCCAGCUGGAGUGAAAUGUGCCCUUCCUAAAACAGAAGAAGAAGCAGCUGUCAUUGUUCAGAGCAAUUACAGAGGCUACAGAGUCCGUAAAAAUAUAAAGGAGCAGUGCAGAAAAAUAGCAGAGGAGGAAUUAUCUGCUGUGGAAUUCCUUGAAGCACAACUGCAGCCAGCUCAAAAUGAUAUACUGGAAGAAGCAGCGAACGAUGAGACUCAAGAUGAAGCUGAUGCUGUUACUGACAGCAAGUGCUCUGGGUACAGUGACACAAGUAAUCUACAGAAGCAACAAAAAUCAUCUACUGAAGGAAAGAAAGCUUCUGUGAAGCAGAACCUUGCAUUAGAACAUGUUAGUGAAGGUGAAGAACAGGCCUCUUGGGAAGAGUUGUCCAGCAAAUCUUCUGUCAAAAUCAUAGCUGAACCUAGUCCCCAGAAAGAGCAAGAUAAUCAAGACAAACUCAGUGCAGAUGGCCAAAAUCAAGAAUCUGCUGUGGUCCAGCCCAGGACUGACAGGGAUGUUGAAAGAAAUCACCUGAAACAUGAAGUAAUGAUGCCUACAGAAUGUGAAGGAAUUAUAAGAAAAGAGUCACUAAGAGGCUCAGGGAAACAAGUUGAGGUAGAAAAACAAGGUUCAGAAGACAAAGAGAAGGCAGCAGUAGUUAUUCAGAGCAGUUACCGGGGUUACAGAAGGAGGGGACAACUCAGGAAAGAAGGGAAACUACCUUGUAAAAGUCAAGAGAAAAUCAUAAAGGAGCCAACAGAUGCUGUACAUGUUCAAAAUAAUGAUCCCCAAACAACAAAAGAUAGGGAAAGCACUGAUACGGAGGUUGAAGACCCUAAGAUACUGAAGGGAGGUUCAGAGAAAGAGGCUUGUGAUUUGGCAGCCUUUUCGCGGCAGAUAUCAAAAUUAUCUGAAGACUACUUAGCAUUGCAGCAAAAAUUGAAUGAAAUGAUAUUGUCACAUCAGCUGAAACCCGUCAUGCUGUCCAAAGAUAAGCAAGCUAACGGCCAACUUCCUUCUCAUGUUUGUCAGUCAGUUGCAGCCAAAGUAGAAGACUCUCGCCCAAUGCAGAGACCCCCAAGGAGGCCACGGAAACCCAAGACAUUAAAUAAUCCAGAAGACUCCACCUACUACACUCUAAUACAUAAAUCAAUACAAGACGAAAAACGGAAACCAAGAAAAGAAAGUCUGAGCAAAGUGCUAGAUUUAGAUAUCUACUACCAAGAAAUUUCAUCUACUGAUUCCACCUCAAGGGACAGCAGUUCUACCGCAAGAAAGAGGAGACACCCAGCUGAGCGCAGGACUUCAGUUUUAAGAGCUACUGAGAGGUCGAGGGUUGCAGAAAGCCCCCUGGAAGAGAGUAAAACCGAAGAUAAUCCCUAUGACUACAGACGACUGCUGCGGAAGACCUCACAGCGCCGGCGCCUUAUCCAGCAGUUCUAGCUGCUGCUGCUGCUGUUCCUGCUGCCAUUUGGCUUUUAUUAGCAUAAUCUUUUUUAUCAUUUUAUACCAUGUGCUUCCUUUUUUUUAAAAAAAAUCUCCAAUGUUUCAAGUUUACAACGUGUGUGUUCAUGUGAAUAUGAAUUAUUGUGGUUUACAGCCCAACACCGUUGCAAAGGGACACUGUCAGUCGCGUAUCAUAUACUUUAAAAAAAUCUAAUAUAAAAAUCAGCUUUCUUUUGGAUACCACUGCUACAUCUUAAAAUUAUUAGACAUUAAGCAGCUUAUAUCUAGUUUACUUAAGGCAUAUUUCUUUCUUAUUUGCAUUUCAUCAGUCUCAUCCAAUUAAAAUAGAUCAUUCAGUUUAUAGUUCCCUAGUUAAUCUUUCAAAUUCCCAUAGGCACCUUCAGAAAACCUUAGUUAUUGUUUCUAAUAAAUUGUUUUAUGGGAAAAAAAAAUUACAGGAGCACCAUAGGCAAAUUUCUGCUCAUUUUAAGUUUACUAUGCCUAAAUUCUGGGAUGAACUGUCUGUGGCGAAUGCCCCUCUAAUGAAAACAAACAUAAAUGAUUAAUUGGAUAGCAUGUUAUGGCAGUUUAUUUCAUUAUUGACUUUACUGUAAAGCUAGUAGCCAGUUUUAAAGGUCAAUAAUGUGUGUAUAAUCUUUAUGUUGAAGAUGUCCAUUUAUGGGAAGUAUAUCCAGCCCUCUCCUCUGCCUCUGAGCUUUGUGACUAAGUGAUGAACUUUUAAAUCGUGUUUGCUUUGUUCUUCUUUGCAUUAGAUUUUGAGGAAUCUUAAUCUCUGGGGUGCCAAGAAAGGAAACGCUUUCUGGUUGAUUGCGGCCUAAAUGUAACGAUCAUUCUUAAAUCAGUUCCACUAGAAAUUAAGUGGAAAUAAAAGCAGUGGCCACUGUGUUAAAAUUUUCCUCCGAUUCCUUAUUCAAAAGACCUUAUUUCACAGAAACCACACAGAUAAUUGCUGCAUUUCCUUUCAGGAUUCAUAAUUGCAUGUUCCCAGCUGCAAAGCAAGAGAAGGCAGAUUUCCUGAUGCCAGUAUAAAGGCCUGAUCCUGCUCCCUUGCUUCAGCUCUUCUAAAUACUAUGACUGGCAGCAGGGAGCCACAGGGGUUGGGUUUUUGUCUGUUUCCCCCACACACUUGGCCCUUUCCCCAGAGACAGGUAACCAUUGCUUCCUGAUCUUUUAACUAGUUAUAAGGCUGUGCAAGGAAUUAAAAUUUGCUGCAGUGUAAAAUUUGCAAUACAUUGUCUAAAUUUUGAACUCUGUUUUAAAGUUGCUUUCUCAUGUAUUACUAAAAUGGUAAAUAAAAACAAGGCA